AUGUCAACAGAAGACCUGGUGGUUUGUGUCUCUUCUAUCGACUUGUUAUGCUCCGCACCAAGUCAAACGCACACUUGUUUGACGCAUGGAUCCUGUUUUCAGGAUGAGACACAGUUUUCCAAAAUUCUACUCGUAGAAAAUGAAAAUGCAAAUACAGAAUUUCUUCCUACGCUGUCUUCACCUCUGCUACCUGUGAAGGAAAAUAAAGUUUUACUACCGAUUACCAACUUUCAAAAACAGAUUAGUGGUUUUAGAAAUGUGCAGGUGCCGUGUGCAACAGCGAUGCCUCUCCGUGGCUACUCAUCGAAUGCGAAAACGCAAAAAACGGAUUUUGGAUUAUUAACUGGGAGUGAUAAAGGCAAAAGUGACUGGAUGGUUUGGAAAACCACGACUAUUUCACUGUUUUGUGUCUUUUUUGUGUUCUUCGUUGCGGUGGAUUUUUACUAUCUCCUCCAUCCGGAAAUAUAUGCUUACAAUCUCGUGAAAUUAAAGCUUGAGUUUCAACACUACAAGAAGGUGUCACGCAACAAUGUUGUUUUACUUGAAGCCCCUUGCAGCUCCAAGAAGCUUCAUAAUAUUACGAGGAGAGCUACGACUAACCGCAGUGUUUUCUGGCCAAGUUCUUCUGGGCAUAUGAAAUCCAACGUGUUCUCCUCUUCUGAUAUUCCUUAUUCUGACAAAAUAGAACCGAAUUACCUACGUCCACCAGAAACUGACUCAAAUGACGUUGAAAAGUGCAGCUUUUGCUUUGGUAUUUACAGUGAUUGUGUUAUUCAUUACUGGUUAACUGAGUUUGGCCGGCCAAAUAUAGAACAAAUUCCUCUGCAUUUACCCGGUAACGUGCAACAAUUGUGUCUGAUUUGGUCGUAUAUUGCUCCACAUGGAUUGCGAGGAUCCCUAGUUGCAAUCGCGAACUCGUGCUGCUGGAGUAUUGACACGCUCGACGGUUGCCCUUUGUUGGAUUACCGACCAAAUUAUGUGAGAAGGCAAGACACGGAUGUCUGGAUAAAAGAUAUUCGUAAUGGAAAGGGUUUACAAGUAAGUCUUCAAGUGGCCAUAAGCGGGGAUAUAGUGCCACCAAGUUUUGACUACUAUAUUUUGAAGGAGUUAAAAAUGGGACAGUGGAAAACCUAG